GCUCUAAAGCACCUACGAGUGAACGCCCAUUCUAAACAAAGGGAGAGAAUAGAGCAAGAGAGUUUUCGGCACCCACCUCCGAUACCGGUAGUCCACAGCCUUCAUUUCUCCAUCAACCCUUUCUUUUUUUUUUUUUUUUUUUAAUCUACUAUCAUAACUACCACCACCACCACCGCCGCCGUCACAUCCAUUCAUCCCCCGCACUUCAGUUUCUUCUCCAUCUGCCUCUGUCGUUCACUGCUGGGCCGAGUUGUCAUAAUAUCGUAACCCCCCCUGGUUCCCAUCCAUCUGCCCAUCUAUUUUUUUUAUAUUUUUUUUGAGACCGAUACCGGCAGACCAGCUGAAAAAGAAAAAAAAAGGCAUCCUCAUCUCUAAAGUCCAAAAAAAAACUCCCCGCAGAAUAUACUGUGCAUCAAAAGUCCCACACCCCACCACCCCUCCCCUCCUCCUUCCCGAAACAUCGGGUGCCGGUAGCAAAUAGUAGCUUCAGAAAGGGGGGACAAAACCUCACAAAGCCGAAAAUACCGGUCUAGUACCGUUCACAGCAUAACCUCCUUUCACCACUCACUUUCACCCACCCCCACCCACCUAGGUUUGUACUGCGUGGAAAAAGCGGUUUAAUUGGCAUUUUGGAUGACUUCCACUCCUACCGUUGCAGAUUCACCUGCCGAGAGAGAAGUUCGCCCGACAUCAAUUGCCUGGAGGACAAACCUGCCUGAGCGACCCGCCUCAGAAGGUCGUCGCCGCCAGUCGUCCUUAACCUCCAGUGUUGGAAGCGUUAGUUUACCGAGCGGAUCUGUCCGUGGAGAUCGUCAGAGAUCGCUAUCAUCUCCCCCGCCGCCCCCGUUAGUUUCCCCCGAUUCCCAUUCAUCCUUUGCUUUUUCUCUCCCCUUCAAAACACCUUCCCCUACUAUCCACUCCUACCCCCACGAUCUUUACCCCAUACCCGACUUUUUCUUAUGCUUUUCUCCUUCCUCCGUCUCCAGACCUCCUCCCUAUCCAGCUAUCCCCUUUCCUUGUUUUCUUUUCUGCCAUCAUUCACUCCUGUCUCGGGGAAUAAAACAUGAGUGACUCCGGACUGACUUCUCUUCACGUGGGGGGUGGUAGUACAUUUCUAAAGCGGGUUUCUUUCGAUACAUUCAACAAUAAAGAUGCCUCUGACUUUUCCCUCACGCUGAAAUCCAAACACAAGGACUACGCGUACACUCGAAGGUCCCGGACAUUUCUCUGCGGAACCGACCAGAACGACUACUCUGAGUUUGCGCUGGAAUGGCUAAUUGAUGAGCUCGUCGACGAUGGCGACGAGGUGGUCUGCCUGAGGGUCGUCGAUAAGGAUAGCAAGAUUAGUAGUGAUGCAGCCCUGCAGGAGCGCCAGUAUAGACAUGAAGCCCAGAAUCUCCUGGACCAGAUUAUCGAAAAGAAUGAGGACGAUAAGUCUAUAUCUAUCAUCCUGGAGUUCUCUGUGGGCAAGGUCCAGGAGACCAUUCAGAAAAUGGUAAGUUACUUCUCUUCUAUAGGGGGGGUUUUCUUUUUGAUACUUUGUUAUCUCCGGACUUUACUUACCAACCAACCCCCCUACUGGUAGAUUCACAUUUACGAACCCGUCAUACUGAUCGUGGGAACUCGCGGCCGAUCACUCGGCGGCCUUCAGGGCCUCCUCCCAGGGUCAGUGUCAAAGUACUGUCUACAACACUCCCCAGUCCCGGUUAUUGUCGUUCGGCCCUCUUCAAAGAGGGACAAGAAGAAGGCCAAGAGAAAAGCGGACCCGGGCAGGAAGGUCUACCAGGAGAUGGUACACAACUCUGACACUGCCUUCACAAAUCACGGGAAUCACAGUCGCAAGAGUGUAUCCGGAGUCAUCGGGGCCAUGUCCAACACGUCAAUAAGCUCCCUGGGCGAACAUAUUAGCCUGAAUAGCCCUGGGGGCGAUGUCUCGCCGAAAACUUUGGCCCCUGCUAACGGAGAGGGAGAUGGGAGCUCACCUACGUCCAGGUCACCAACGCCCAGUUCUGAAUCCUUUGGUGGUGGUGACGGUGGGGCUAAACUUGAUUAUGCGGAGGGCGAUAGGUGAUUCAUUUUUUUCUUCCUAUUCUGGGCUGAACUGAUGGGAGUGUUUUUGUUUGGUGCCUCUUGUUAUCAUUAUACCUGUUUCUGCUUGUUUCUACUUUCGUUUUUUACUUUCCUCUCUCUCCUCUCUCGGUUAUGUUUGUGUUUUUGGGUUCAAGUUAGGCCUUUUUUUUUUUUUUCCUGCGUUCUUCAGGGGUGAUGGCUCUGGGUUUUUCCUUCGUCAAAGUAUUCUCAAUCUUUCUUCAUUACUCUACUCUUCUUUCUUUCUUUGAGGGUCCGGGAUUGCAUUAGUUGUAUCAAUUUGGAAGGGUUUUUUUUUGGUUAUUCUUGAUCCCCAUGGCUUUUAGAUGACUUUCAUUUGGGUGGAAUGAAAACACUCUUUUCUCCAUGAUAUGACAUAACUUUUUUCGCAUCAAUAAAUUGUACAGUAGCAUUAUACCAGCUAUGCAAGCUAUAAUACGUUGGAUAGGUACCGGUAGCUUACCGAGCGCCAUACCGCCUCCCCAACCUAACCCACGUGGGGAUGUCGCCAGGUCGAUCUCGGACUAGUAAGACCCCCGCAUAGAAGAACUACCUUAAGCACAGCGCAUCCGAAGGAAAAUGCUACCAACCAACAGCCAGGACCUUACCCUCAAUACUUUAGUCUAUCCUUUGUUGUCUUAUUUGUGACACUCCUUCUUCAUCCCUCCCUUACCCUAGUCACUGUACGAGUACAUACUCGGAUUCUAUAAACUAAUACUAUAUCAUAGAAAAACGCAUCGAAGGUACGGUGCAUUAACCCGGGACGCACACAGGCAAUAAACAUAUCACACUCCCGAGGUGGUGGGGCGGUAUUACUAGUAUACUAUACUCGUAUAGGAAGCUUAUGUUCCCGCAUGUGGGGGCCGGACGGAACACGUUUUCGGUAACGGUAUGAUGAUAAGGCCAGGAUUGUUUGUUAUGCUACAUUGACCGAUCGAUUGAUUGUUGGCGGGCUUUCUCUCCGCUCCGUUUGGAAACCUGGAGGGUUGAUGUGGCGGUGGUAUGAGUUAUCAGUCCGAUUCAGUCGCGAGUGAGUUAGUGUGAUGUUAACGCUGUAUCACUCUAUACAAUACACAACAGCAUCAUGGGAUAAAUAGAUAAGUAGGGGGGACUGGGAGAAGAUACUCACAUGUUUUGAA